AUGCCCCUCUCAGACUUUGUUCUGGCCCUGAAGGACAAUCCCUACUUUGGGGCUGGAUUUGGGCUGGUGGGUUUGGGCACUGCCCUGGCCCUGGCCCGGAAGGGUGCCCAACUGGGCUUGAUGGCAUUCCGGCGCCAUUACAUGAUCACACUGGAAGUCCCUGCUCGAGACCGGAGCUAUGCCUGGUUGCUUAGCUGGCUUACCCGCCACAGUACCCGAACUCAGCACCUCAGCGUCGAGACGUCGUACCUUCAGCACGAGAGUGGCCGCAUCUCCACUAAGUUUGAAUUUGUCCCCAGCCCUGGAAACCACUUUAUCUGGUAUCAGGGGAAAUGGAUCCGGGUGGAACGGAGCCGAGAGAUGCAGAUGAUAGACCUGCAAACGGGGACUCCUUGGGAAUCUGUCACCUUCACAGCUCUGGGCACUGACCGAAAAGUUUUCUUCAACAUCCUAGAGGAAGCUCGAGAACUAGCUCUGCAGCAGGAGGAAGGGAAGACAGUGAUGUACACUGCUGUGGGCUCUGAAUGGCGCCCCUUUGGCUAUCCACGCCGGCGGCGGCCUCUGAAUUCUGUGGUUCUUGAACAGGGUCUGACUGACCGAAUUGUCAGAGACAUCCGGGAAUUCAUUGAUAACCCCAAGUGGUACACUGACAGAGGCAUUCCCUACAGACGUGGCUACCUACUCUAUGGGCCCCCUGGUUGUGGAAAGAGCAGUUUUAUCACAGCCCUGGCUGGGGAACUGCAGCAUAGCAUCUGCCUGCUGAGUCUCACAGACUCCAGCCUCUCAGAUGACCGGCUCAACCACCUGCUGAGUGUGGCCCCACAGCAGAGCCUGGUGCUCUUGGAGGACGUGGACGCUGCCUUUCUCAGUCGAGACCUGGCCGCCGAGAACCCAAUAAAGUACCAAGGUCUAGGCCGGCUCACCUUCAGUGGGCUGCUCAACGCCCUGGACGGUGUGGCUUCCACCGAAGCACGCAUAGUAUUCAUGACCACCAACCAUGUCGACAGGCUUGACCCUGCCCUGAUACGCCCCGGGCGAGUAGACAUGAAGGAGUACGUGGGCCACUGCUCACGCUGGCAACUGACCCAGAUGUUCCAGAGGUUCUACCCCGGGCAAGCAACUUCCCUGGCUGAGACCUUUGCAGACCGUGUCCUUCAAGCUACAAUGCAGAUCAGUCCUGCCCAGGUGCAGGGCCACUUCAUGCUGUAUAAAAAUGACCCUGUAGGGGCCAUUCAGAAUGCAGAAUCUCUGAGAAGCUGA